GGGCCCCUCGCCCCCGCGCACAUCUGGUCUCCCUCCUCCCCCCCCAACCCCCGCCCCGGACCCUCCGGCCCGCAGCGCUCGGCGCAGGCCCCGCCCGGAAGCCCCGCCCCUGGCGCUCGGCAGGCGCCUUUUUUCCGGAAGCGGAAGCAGGAGCGGGAGCAGCCGCGGACAGCAGGGAGUGAAGGGAAGGUCCGGCUGGACGAGAUCAACCUCUAAAGACUCACGUGGUCUGAGGAAGAAGCCAGGAAGAGGAGGAAGGCUAAAGACGAGUCAGGAAUGGCUUUCUUUCAGGGACGAUUGACUUUUGAGGAUUUGACCAUCGAGUUCUCCCAGGAGGAGUGGGACUGCCUGGACCCUGCUCAGAGGGCCUUGUACUGGGAUGUGAUGCUGGAGACCUUCAGAAACCUGCUCUCCCUGGAUAUCUCUCAUAUAUAUGUGAUGAAGAUACUGCAACUGAAAGCGAACAUUGAUAGAGGAGUCGUAUUCCAAACACUGAUCCUGGGAAGACAAGAAUGGAGUGAAGUCAGACAUUUUUACCUCAGGGAGAGCCAGGCAGACGAUGACUUUAGGUUUCAGUGGAGAGAGAAGGAACGCAGUUACCACGGAAUGCCUCUGGCCGUUAACGAAUAUCUCACUGAGACGAGAGAUGACCCUGAUAGAAGUGUCGCAGGAAUCAAGUGUGCUGAGAAGAGGCCUGAUGAAGGAAAUGACAAAGGCAUGCCCGCAAACCACAAGGGAAGUCUCGCGGAGGGAAGAGAGCCACAAAUGCGAAGGGGUGCAGGACUCAAGCCUGUUGCUAACAGCCUGGCCUUGGGCUUUCCCGAUGAACGGCGUGUUUUUAAAAGCGAAGAGAAAAUCGAUGAAUUUAAUCAAGCUGCUAAGAGUAUCAGCAGUAGUGCCUCAUUUUUACCCCUUCAAAGAAUUUCUCCUAGUGUCCCAACGAACAUGUCUCAUACAUACGGGAAUGAUUUUAUGCCUCCUCCCUUGCUGACCCAGGACCAGAGCACCCAAAGUGAGAGACCUUACACCUGUCAUCAGUGUGGCAAAACCUUUCAUCAAGGCUUCAGCCUCACCCACGAUCAGAAGAUCCACCCAGACGAGAAAAAUAAUUGUGACGCGUGUUCUGAAAUCUUUGAUCAAAAGCCAGAUCUCUCCAUUCAUCAUAGUAGUCACACUGGCGAGAAACUUUACGACUAUACCGAGUGUGGCACCACCCUUAGUCACGGCUCCCACAUCCCCGGACACCAGAUGAUCCACCCAGAAGAGAACUUAUAUCAAUGUGACGUCUAUGACAAAGUGUUCAGUCAAAAUUCAUACCUUGCCGUUCAUCAGAGAGUUCAUCCUGGAGAGAAACCUUACGAGUGUAGUGAAUGCGGCCUGACCUUUCGUCGGAAGUCUUACCUUACAAGACAUUGGAGGAUUCAUACCGGGGAGAAACCUUUUGAAUGUAACGAGUGUGGCAAGGCCUUCACUCAAAGAGGUUACCUGGCGAGUCAUUAUAGAAUCCAUACCGGGGAGAAACCUUACAAAUGCAACGAGUGUGGCAAGGCCUUUAGCCACAGAUCAACCCUUAUUGGUCAUCAGUUGAUUCACAGCGGAGAGAAGCAUUUCAAAUGUUUUGAGUGCGGCAAAACUUUUUAUAACGCCUCACACCUCAUACAGCAUCAGAUAAUCCAUUCGGGAGAUAAACCCUUUAAGUGUGAUGUUUGUGGGAAAUUCUUCCAUCAGCUUUCACACCUCUCAUUUCACCAGAGAAUCCAUACCGGCGAGAAACCUUACAAGUGCAAUGAUUGUGGCAGGGUCUUCAACCGGAAGUCAAACCUCGUGGUCCACGAGAGGAUUCACACCGGAGAGAAGCCGUUCAAGUGCAGCGAGUGUGGCAGCACCUUCAGUCGGAAGGCCUCCCUGGUUCAUCAUCAGUUUGUGCACACUAGAUAGACCCCUUCCACGAGUUGACAGCAGGUUGAAAAAAACUCCACUCACAUCUGAACCCUCACUGCACACCCGGGGAAAUACCAAGGGGAAACCCUAUUUAUGCGACGCGUGUAUUACGGUCUCCAUUCAAAACCGACCCUUUAACUUAACGGGAGGGUCUUGAGGGGGUGAGACCGCGCAGGGGUGACGAGUGUGGAGCAGCCUCGCUUGGCGUCAGCUCAUCCCUACAGGAUAGAGAUUGUAGAAAAUGGGAUGCAUGUCUCAACAUGUGUGGGCAAAAUUCGUACCUUAAGGGGCGCCAACCUUUCACGUGUAUAAAAACCUUGCGAAUACGAAUUGGCACAUCCAUCAGUAUACUUUGAGCCUAUCUUCCCAUCAGGUUAAUCCAUGUUGGUGAGAGACUUGAAGCACGGGUUUUAGCAGGUGUCCACAUGUUAGGCUUCAUUGGAAAGUCACCCUGGGGAGAAAUCUCGUAAGUGAACUUCACGUGACCAGGCUUUUAGGCAAGGAAUUCAUUCUUCAAGGAAUGGAUUUCGGAGAGCACCUCGCCCAUGCGUGGCUUGAAUGCAGAAAAACCUUUACUCCCUGCUCACGUCUCACCAAGCAAUGAUGAUAAUCCUUCUGGACAGAACAUUACAGAUGUACUGAAUGCAGCAAACGUUUGAGUUAGUGCUCAGUCAUCACUAGAUGUCGGAAUAUUUAUCCUGGAGAGAAACUACACAGAUGGAAUGUGUGUAGCAAGGAUUUUAUCCAAGAGCACCAGAGGCGAACUUAACUGGAGUGAUUGCUUCCAAAUGCAGUGAAUGGCAAAACCUUCACCUUGAGUUCAAGUGCUGUGUGACAGCAGAAGAGAGUCCUUUGAAGAGAAACCAGACACAUGUACGAGCUGAGGCUUGAUCCAGGCCUCACCGAGCUGUGGACGUCUCCGGGUCCAUCUGUGAGGGAAGCCACAGGAUGGAAGAGGCGUGCUAAGCCUUGUCCCUGCAGAUUAAGUCUCUGAGACACAAAGGAUUUAUUUUGGCGAGCAGCAUUUCAAACGUCAUGAACCUCGUAAAAAUUUUCAAGUAUCUGCGGCUUUGGUGUAAUGAGAGAAAUUGUACAGGUCAGAACCUAUGGAGAUUUCCAGAACAUGGAGAGAAAAUGACGAAGCAGUAUGACUUGAGGGUUCACCAGUGAGCUCAUGAUGGGGAGGAGCCUUACAAAGGGAACGAGUCAGGUAAAUGUUUGGAGCAAACCUUGCAUCAGUCCACGCCUCUGACACUCCGCACUGGCAGUUAAGACGUCCUGAGCUCUCCAAGAUUGAGUUAUUACAUACGGCAGAGUCAUUACAAGUUACAGAACAUUAGAACUUACCGCAUAGUGUGUAUAUGACAGGAUGGAGGGUGUGUGUAGGUAUGGCCCUUAUCUUAACUGGCAUCUUUGAUUCGUUUCCAUUUUGAUUUUUUUUUUCAGCCAAAAAGUCCAUGUUUUGUUAGAUUUACACAUUUUUCUUUUCUGAGCUGUCAAACAUGUUUUUAUUCUUUCAAUUUUUAUUUCCAUUUGUAAAUUUCUAGUGUCUAUUGCAGUAUAUUAAAAAGGCCACUUAAUUCUUUG